CGACCGCGACCAUGGCGGUGCAGCCGAAGGACACGCUGCAGCUGGAGGGCGCGGCCGAGCUGGGCUUCGUGCGCUUCUUCCUGGGCAUGGCCGAGAAGCCCGCCACCACGGUGCGCCUGUUCGACCGCGGCGACUUCUACACGGCGCACGGCGAGGACGCGCUGCUGGCCGCCCGCGAGGUGUUCAAGACGCAGGGGGUGGUCAAGCACCUGGGCCCGGCAGGAGCAAAGACGCUGGAGAGUGUUGUGCUGAGUAAGAUGAACUUUGAGUCUUUUGUAAAAGAUCUGCUUCUAGUUCGUCAGUAUAGAGUUGAAGUGUUUAAGAACAGAGCUGGAAAUAAGGCAUCCAAGGAGAAUGAUUGGUAUUUGGCAUAUAAGGCUUCCCCUGGGAACCUUUCUCAGUUUGAAGACAUCCUUUUUGGGAACAACGACACGUCGGCAGCCAUUGGUGUGGUGGGUGUGAAGAUGUCCUCCGUGGAUGGCCAGCGGCAGGUGGGCAUUGGCUACGUAGAUGCCCUGGACAGGAAGCUCGGCCUGUGCGAGUUCCCGGAUAAUGAUCAGUUCUCCAACCUGGAGGCGCUCCUGAUUCAGAUCGGGCCCAAGGAGUGUGUCCUCCCUGCCGGGGAGGCAUCUGGAGAACUGGGGAAGCUGCGGCAGGUUAUUCAAAGAAGUGGAAUUCUGAUCACAGAGAGAAAAAGAACCGACUUUUCCACAAAAGACAUUUAUCAGGACCUUAACCGACUACUGAAAGGCAAAAAAGGAGAGCAGGUGAAUAGCGCUGUCUUGCCAGAAAUGGAGAAUCAGGUUGCAGUUUCAUCAUUGUCUGCAGUCAUCAAGUUUUUGGAACUCCUAUCAGAUGACUCAAACUUCGGGCAGUUUGAACUGACUACCUUUGACUUUGGCCAGUACAUGAAAUUGGACAUUGCGGCAGUCAGAGCCCUUAACCUUUUCCAGGGUUCUGUUGAAGAUACUUCCGGCUCUCAGUCCCUGGCCGCAUUGCUGAAUAAAUGCAAAACCCCUCAAGGACAGAGACUGGUUAACCAGUGGAUCAAGCAGCCGCUCAUGGACAGGAGCAGAAUAGAGGAGAGGUUGAAUUUGGUGGAAGCUUUCGUUGAAGAUGCAGAACUGAGGCAGAGCCUACAGGAAGAUUUACUUCGGAGAUUUCCAGAUCUUAACCGACUUGCUAAGAAAUUUCAAAGGCAAGCAGCAAAUUUGCAGGAUUGCUACCGACUGUAUCAGGGCAUAAACCAACUCCCUAAUGUUAUCCGAGUUCUGGAGAAAUACGAAGGCAAACACCAGACGUUGUUGCUGGCUGUUUUUGUGACCCCUCUAAGUGAUCUUCGUUCUGAUUUCUCCAAAUUCCAGGAAAUGAUAGAAACAACGUUAGAUAUGGAUCAGGUGGAAAACCAUGAGUUCCUUGUGAAACCUUCAUUCGAUCCUAAUCUGAGCGAGUUAAGAGAAAUAAUGGAUGACUUGGAAAAGAAGAUGCAGUCCACGUUAGUAAGUGCAGCUCGAGAGCUAGGCUUGGAUGCUGGCAAGCAGAUUAAACUGGAUUCCAGCGCCCAGUUAGGAUAUUAUUUUCGUGUAACCUGUAAGGAAGAAAAAGUUCUUCGUAACAAUAAAAACUUCAGUACGGUGGAUAUCCAGAAGAAUGGUGUUAAAUUUACAAACAGUAAAUUGACUUCUCUCAAUGAAGAGUACAUAAAAAAUAAAACCGAGUAUGAGGAUGCCCAGGAUGCAAUCGUUAAAGAAAUUGUCAAUAUUUCUUCAGGCUAUGUGGAACCAAUGCAGAUCUUCAAUGACGUGCUGGCCCAGCUCGACGCAGUCGUCAGCUUUGCCCACGUGUCGAAUGGAGCGCCUGUCCCCUACGUCCGGCCCGUGAUUUUGGAGAAGGGACAGGGCAGAGUGACUUUGAAAGCAUCCAGACACGCUUGUGUGGAAGUGCAAGAUGACGUUGCCUUUAUUCCUAAUGAUGUUGAGUUUGAAAAAGAUAAACAGAUGUUCCACAUCAUCACAGGCCCCAACAUGGGAGGCAAGUCCACGUAUAUUCGGCAGACCGGGCUGAUAGUGCUCAUGGCUCAGAUUGGAUGUUUUGUGCCUUGUGCCUUUGCCGAGGUGUCCAUUGUGGACUGCAUCCUGGCCCGGGUGGGGGCUGGCGACAGUCAGCUCAAAGGAGUGUCCACGUUCAUGGCUGAAAUGCUGGAGACUGCCUCCAUUCUCAGGUCCGCGACCAAAGACUCUCUGAUAAUCAUAGACGAGUUGGGAAGAGGAACUUCGACCUACGAUGGAUUCGGGCUCGCCUGGGCCAUCUCCGAGUACAUUGCGACCAAGAUUGGUGCAUUCUGCAUGUUUGCGACCCACUUCCACGAGCUCACAGCCUUGGCCAGUCAGGUGCCAACGGUGAACAACCUCCACGUCACGGCUCUCACCACCGAGGAGACCCUGAUCAUGCUGUACCAGGUGAAGAAAGGUGUCUGUGAUCAAAGUUUCGGGAUUCACGUGGCAGAGCUUGCUAACUUCCCGAGGCAUGUGAUCGAGUGCGCCAAGCAGAAGGCCCUGGAACUCGAGGAGUUUCAGAAUAUUGGAGAACCGCAGUACGACGACAUGGGACCAGCAGCGAAGAGAUGCCAUCUGGAGAGAGAGCAAGGUGAAAAAAUUAUCCAAGAGUUUCUAUACAAGGUGAAGCAAGUGCCGUUUACCAAAAUGUCAGAAGAAAACAUCAUGAAGAGGCUCAAGCAGCUGAAGGCCGAGGUGGUAGCACAGAAUAAUAGUUUUGUGAAUGAACUCAUCAAGCGAAUAAAGGUCACUUCGUGAGAAGAGCGAAGAGGAGUGGAUAAGCUGGUGGUCUCUACUGCUUUUGUAUUCUUUUAUAUUAGCCCUUUCCCAUAGUUCUGUCAAUUGGUGCUCGGGGGUAUCGUUUUAAUAAAACAUUUCUCAAUACUUUGCUCAACCUGAA